GUGAUUGAAAAAGCCCAUCCGCCGACUCCAGUGCCAUAUGGGACGGGUAGACAGGGGAGUUAGUAAAGGGGACAUCGAGACGGGUUCGGAUGAAUCUGCUUGAACACUGCACUUACACACAAUGUCCGACGUGGAUGGACAUUUCGCCCUCUAAUUAACCGGUUCACAUGCAGGCACUCAAGUAUACAAAAUUAGAAUCUGGAUAUGCUGCAGAGUAAAGCCUCCGUCAUGUGGAAAGGGAAGGAUCAAGCAUAGGAGAGGAUCGUUUGAUUACUUUGCCGCGGCAAAAGAUACAUUACGAUUUCAAACGUGCAUAAAGAUAAAGUAAACCGAAAAUGCCUAGUCAACAUGACUCAGAUUCUUUGGUACCAGUCUCAACACUACCCAAGCCUUUUCAAGGCGUUUUUGAUUACAGAUAUUUCAACUCUGUUCAAAGCGAGAGUUUUGAAACAGCAUAUGGAUCGGAUGACAACAUGGUGGUCUCCGCACCAACAGGAAGUGGUAAGACUGGACUUUUCGAACUAUGCAUUCUGCGGCUCCUCACCAGCUGUUUGAGAACUGUGUCUGGCGAGCUUCAAUUUAACCACCCACAUGGAGCACUAAAGAUCGUUUAUGUUGCACCAACGAAGGCCUUGAUUCAAGAAAAGAUGAGAGAAUGGCAAGAGAAGUUUGGAUCUAAAAGUGUUGGAUUGACAUGUCAAGAACUAACGAGUGAUAGCGAUGCUUUACCCGUGAAAGAAUUACAGGAGACAGAUCUUAUCUUGACAACUCCUGAGAAAUUUGAUUCAACAACAAGACGGUGUAGAGAUCAUGGAGGCGCUGGAUUUGUGGGAGACAUAGCUUUGCUACUUAUUGACGAAGUUCACCUGCUUAAUGAUACUCGAGGAGCAGCAUUGGAGGCCAUUGUUAGCAGGAUAAAGAUGCUGGCUCGCAACCAUGACCUGAAGGGGAGUCCCAUUUCUCAGAUUCGCUUUGUUGCUGUUUCGGCUACUAUACCAAACAUUGAAGAUCUUGCGGAAUGGCUUCUGGUUCCAGCAAAGGCAGUGAAAAGGUUUGGAGAAGAAAUGCGCCCUGUUAAAUUGUCAACGCGUGUUUACGGAUAUCCUGCCGCUAAGAACGACUUUCUGUUUGAAAAGAGGCUACAAUACUACAUAUAUGACGUGAUUCUUCAACAUUCCAGUGGGAAACCUACUCUGGUUUUCUGUCCAACCAGAAAAGGUGCUCAGGACACGGCUAUGAAACUAGCAGAAAUUGUAGCUAAAUCGGGUAACACAAAUCCAUUUCUCAAAUCUCAAGAGCAAUUCGAUCGACUUCGAUUAGCUAUCUCUCAAACGAAAGAUAAGACUAUGCAAUACUGUAUACAACAUGGAGUUGGCUUUCACAAUGGUGGACUUGAAUUUGCCGAAAGAGGUCUUGUUGAAGGGCUCUUCUUGCAAGGAGAUCUGCUAGUAUUGUGCACAACCAUGACUCUUGCUCAUGGAAUGAAUUUUCCGGCGCAUUUAGUAGUAAUUAAGUCUACUCAAUACUAUAACAAAGAAAAAGGAAAAUACAUGGAGUACGAACGUUCAACACUACUUCAGAUGUGCGGGCGGGCAGGUAGACCACAGUUUGAUGACUCCGGUGUAGUAGUUCUUAUGACGAAAAGUGACACGAUCCAUCUAUAUCAAAAUUUGUUGUCUGGAACGGAGCCAGUUGAGUCAGAGUUGCUCCCAUCCAUAUCCGAGCAUUUGAAUGCAGAGAUCGUUCUGAUGACAGUUUCUGACGUUGGUCUUGCCAUGGAGUGGCUGAAAUGCUCAUAUCUAUACAUCCGUAUAAGAAAGAAUCCAUAUCACUACGGGAACUACAAAUUACUAGCGGAAGAGCAGAUGGACAAACAUCUGAAAGGAAUAUGUCUACAGAGUAUCCAUGAGUUGGCGAAUUAUGGGAUGGUUCAUAUGGAUGAAUAUGGGUUCACUCUAAAAUCUCUUGAGCCUGGACGCUUGAUGGCAAAAUACUACCUGAACUUUGAAACAAUGAAGACAAUAACCAAAAUUCAGGACCGAGGCAAGACUGAGGAUCUCCUGCAUGCUCUGACCAAAGCACAAGAGCUAUCUGGUAUUCAAUUAAGGCGAUACGAGAAGAGGCAACUGAAUACCAUCAAUCAAGACACAAGUUCUAGAAUGAAGUUUCAUGUACUAGGCCCAAAUGGAAAGACAAAAAAGAGAAUUCAAACUUCAAGUGAGAAGAUAUUUGUUCUAGUGAAUGAUGCUUUGUCCGGAGAACCUUCAUCCUUGGAUUUCACUAUGACACAGGACGUCUCCGUAAUAUGUACUCAUGGGAGUCGCAUUGCACGAUGCAUGAGUGAAUACUUCAAAUUCUUAAAGAGGUACUCGGAAGCAAAGAGUGCGCUCCUUUUAACAAAAUGUCUUAAUCAAAGGCUCUGGGAAGAUAGUAUCUAUAAACUCAAACAGCUUCCUGGAAUUGGUAUGGUGACUGCCAAGGCAUUUAUUGCUGCUGGGAUAUCCAGUUUUCAGCAUCUGUCAAGCUCGGAUCCUCGACAUUUGGAAUCAAUCACUGGACGAAAAUUUCCAUUUGGUGAUCACAUAAAAAGUAAACUCAGUUUACUUCCACCCAAAGUUCUCAUGAAAAUUGAGGAAACGAAAAUUUACACAGGAGGCAAGCGGGAGUUUGUUCUCGAACUAACGCGUUUAGAUUCCCCUUCUCCACAGGGAACGAAUAAGUGGCACAUGGCAGACCUGAUUAUUGGGGAUGGCACCGAAAAUCUACUCAUAUUUCAAGAAAAAAUCAGGCUUGAACAAUUUUCCAGCCCUUACAUAGUUCCUGUUUAUUCCGCGAGUAACGUCAGCGCAGCCCUCAUAUCUGAACAAUAUGUUGGUAUAGAUGUCAUAAUUGAGCCUCCUACCAUCCCUGCGACAAAUAAGUCAAGUACAUCGAUUAUGCCUUCUAAGAUUGAACAGCAGAAGAGGAAGUUGAAGCUUCUGGGUACUUCAUCUUUAGGAUCUUCUGUAAUCCAUGAGCCAAAGUCAACGUUGAAGAUGCCCACUCUUGAAGAGAAAAGAUAUACUGGAGAUCCAUCUUCUUCCACGUUGAAUGUCAAAAUGCCAAUAAGCUCUCACUCCAAACAUGAAGAUGCUGGCUGCGUGACAACACCGCCACAGGUCUACACUGGUAAAAGAAAAUGGGAAAGUGAAUCUAAGGAUGUUGGACGAAGGGGAGCUUCUUUCCCUACAUCUGAGAGUCCACCUGGUCAAGAUUUGAAAUCUCUUCGAUCAUUUUUGGAAGACCCGAAUGUGCAUCAGGGCAUGUGCUCAGACGAAGAAAUUAACGGGCUCAUCGAAUCUGUUUGGGUUGAUGCUCCACCGUAUGAGACUCCUCUUCAACCAAAGGAAGAGGAACUUCCAUCUUUUAGUCUCUCAUUCGGGAAUGAUAGUGCACCUGAACCCACAACUGGCCACAAGGGAGACGGAGAUCUUGUCGUUAAUGAUAUGAGGCUGGCUGAAAUUGAUGAGGAAUGUCAGACUAUAACUUCACUUCCAAGUCCUUUAGAGGAGUUCACUAAAACAGAAUGUCGUAAAACUACAACUUUUGCUCGGGAUGAGAUUCGUUUGCGAAGAGAGUUCGGGGAAGCACCACCGACAUCCGAAAUAGUUGAAGAACAGUCAAACAACGUUUCCAACUCUGUAUUGCCGAAAUGUGCUUUGACUUCAGACAAAGCAGCCUUAAAACUGCCUCUAUACCCUCAAUUUAGUCUGGGUCUACCUCAGGCAGCAAACCCAGAAGACCCCAGCAUUCUAAGAUAUUGGAAUGUACCCCAUAAUGAGCCACUUGACAGCAGCUGCGAGAACAACUUUGGCGUACAGAAUGCAAAGGACGUGAUACGGUCCGAUUUCGGAUCUGAUGCUGUAAUGAAUAGUGGAAAACAACUCUCACAUAUGACAAAUUUAGAAACGCAAAGUGAAUCUUUUGGAUCGAAGAGUCUCUUCUCUUUCCUGUACGACUAGAAGAACCUCCAAAGAGUUUUGUAAUUUGUGAUGAUCGCAAUUUGUAAUCAAUCUGUCGGUUGUGAUUUCAGGGCUAUCUAUCGUUUGUGCAGGCGCCAAACUGAGCUGUUUGGGUUAAGUUUUGUGUUCGCUGUUCCAUGCACUUCACACAUUGGUUAUUGCUCUGCUUUCAACCUGCAGCUCUAGGCAGAUCAGAGCACAUACAACGACUACAGC